AUGGAGCGCUCUUGCACUUAUAUGUUGGCUAAGAAGACCACAAUGUUCAGCCUCCUGGCCUGUGUAGUGUUGCUUGUAAGAAUCAUCACUGCUAGGCCCACAGAGGAGGCAAGUUCUGCCACAGAGAGAGAUGUGAAGGCACUCUUCCAGCUGGUUAAUCAGAAUGUCUGGAAGGAGAACAUCAACCUCACUAGCCUGCCUUGUGAGGAACUGAGGAACCAGAUACCAACCACCUUGCGCAUGCAAAAUCAGCAUCUAACUUCCUUCCCUGAAUGUCUGCCAAAGCUUCUGGAACAUCUGGAUUUGAGCAUCAAUCUUCUGCCAGAAUUAAAUAGUCAAGAUGUGGCUUAUCUGACCAAGCUGCAAAUCCUCUCUCUGAGACAGAAUCAGAUCCAUAGGGUGAUAUGGGGGACCGGAAGUCUCAGCAAUCUUCAGUUCAUGGAUCUGAGCUUCAAUUUGCUCUCAGUUGUACCUGCCUGCGUGACUUCUUCUUUGGACAAUCUGAGGUGGUUGUCUCUAGCGGGAAAUCCUAUCAGAGAAAUCCAGCCUUUUGCCUUCUCCUGCUAUCCUCAGCUGCAUUUCCUGAACCUGUCAUCCACAUGGCUGGGAAAAGAUGAGAAAGUAGGGAUUCGGGAAUCUGCUUUUGCAAUGAACAUGUUCCAUGACCGAGAUUCCAUUGAAGAAACUAGAAAAGCUGCUAUCAGUGUGCUUGACCUCAGUGCAACCUUCCUGGAGAGGAUUCACGAGGACUGGAUCAAAGAUCUGCCACAGCUCACCUCCUUCUACCUAACACAAAUGCCCAAGCUAAGAAGACUGGAUCCAGCUGUCUUCCACAAUGUGCCCAUGUUAAGAGAACUGAACUGCCAAGAUUCUCGUGCACUAAGUCUAGUGGAAACGGAGUCAUUCCACCACAUGCCUCAUGUGACCUUCCUAAUAUUUAAAAAUUGUAACUUGAGCAACUUCAGCCCAUGGAAUCUUACUUCAUCACACACCCUUUCUGUCAACCUCUAUGGAAAUCCUUUGGUUUGUCAUUGUGCAAUUUCUUGGUUGUUCUCGAAUCCAGACACAGUAGUUCUACAGAGGGCAUCAGAAACCAUGUGCUAUUUUUCUCCAGAAGAGAAAGGAACAUCUUCAUCUAUGCUGUUAUCCAAAUUCUGUGAUGAGUGUCAAGCUCAGGCAACCACUCAUUCUGCCUCAUCUUUUGUUCAAGGCAAACUUUACCACACCUCUACCAGCAUCAUUACAGGCACAUUGCCCAGCUCCAAUACGUUGCCUCAAAAGUCCCUCAGUGAUUCUUUCAUGCCACAGAGUACACCUCUUACCUGGGGAGAUCUAACAAGGAAGGAUUCAAGCAAGGCAGACAUUCUUGCUUACAAAGAGCAAGCAGUUCAUAGAUUUACUGACCACCCAUUGACUACUGCACCUCUUACUACAGCUUACUCAACAAUCCUGGGGAAAUUCUCUACUGAGCAACCUUUAGUGAGUACAACUGAAAUGAACAAAAGGAAACAAAAUAUCACAACACUGCACCAGUCUGCUUUACACAGUUUUACAACUGAAGUGGCAGGAACACCUUCUUCUGAAGUUCCCAGUGAUUUGUUCAUUCCACACAGUAUAACAGAUUCAAAUCAGAACCAUCUAUCCCCUCAGGAUCCCACCAAGUCUAUCUACCUUCCAAACCUUGCAUCUACUAAUAGUCUACCAGAUUAUGCAGAUGACUAUGACUACGAAAACCAGCAAGUGGUAUCUGUAGCCCAGACCAUGGGUCUUUGUGAUUAUGAUCCAUGCAGACAUCUCCAGAAGCCUUGUGUUGACCUCCAGAAGUUGUCUUCCUGCUUGUGCCCAGGCAUGUCUGAUGAAUUCACCAUCCCAGAUCCACCAAGGUUUCAUGAAGUAUCUGAAAUAGGGGACACUUCAGCCCAGAUUCACUGGUGUUCCCCAAAUUCUGUAGUAAGAUUCUACCAGCUUGCCUACCGUCCUAAAGGCAGCAAGAAAAAUUACACAAAUUCUGGAGAGAUUUAUGCCACCACUAGGCGAUACACUCUGUAUAAACUUCUGCCCGGUUCCACCUACCAGGUAUGUAUAAUUGCUUGGAACAAGGCAGGAUCAAGCCGAACUACAGGCUGGAAUGAGCGUAAUACUCCAUGCAGCACCUUUGUAACAAAGUCCAGCUACAGAUCUAUCUUUGCUGCCCUGAGUGCAACAAGCGGGGUCUUUCUCAUGGCUACCAUAUUACUGUCAGUGUGUCUGUGCAAAAAAUGUAAGACACCACACACUGAGCAAUAUAACACACACCUAGUGUCUUAUAAAAAUCCUGCUUUUGAUUAUUCUAUAAAAUAAAUCAGGUUAAUGAGAUCGGCAAAUAUAGACCAUUGUCAUAAACUGUUUACCAUUGUGAU